AACCGCGUGGUGUGCUGCUCCACAGCACCCUAACCUCAUCCAGUCAAAAAGCAUGUGUCCAAACACGCGCCUGCAGCAACAAUUAAACCUCACCGAAAUAGUACCGAUGCAAUCCUAAAUAAUAAAAAACUACCACAAAACCAAAAUGUCGACACCAGAAGGAGACAUCACAAAGCACAAGUCACAUCGUGAGCGAAAUGCGGGUCGAAAAGCCGAGAAGAAAAAGGCGAAGAAGCCCCAGAGUGAUGGGUUAACCGACAAGCAGCGAAACCCAAAAGCCUUCACCUUCAACUCAGCAGUAAAAGCAGAGAGAAGAUUCCGUAGGAAGCAGGACAUCGAGACGAAGAAACAGCAUAUUCCAGUGGUGGACAGAACCCCAGUGGAGCCGCCUCCAGUUCUCGUGGCAGUCGUUGGCCCUCCGAAGGUAGGAAAAUCACUGCUAAUCCAAUGUUUGAUAAAGAGUUACGUCCGCCAGCCCUUGAGUAACGUAGUGGGCCCCGUGACAAUAGUCUCAGGUAAAAAACGAAGAAUAACGUUCAUGGAGUGCAACAACGACAUAAACAGCAUGAUUGACAUUGCUAAAGUAGCAGACCUGGUGCUGCUGCUGGUGGAUGCUUCUUUCGGUUUCGAAAUGGAGAUUUUCGAGUUCUUGAACAUUUGUCAGGUCCACGGAAUGCCUCGAAUCAUGGGGGUACUGACCCACUUGGACCUCCUACCCAACGCUAAGCAAUUGAAGAAGACGAAGAAAAUCCUUAAGCACAGAUUUUGGACUGAGGUGUAUCAAGGUGCAAAAUUGUUUUACCUUUCUGGUCUUCUGCAUGAGGAGUACCUUCGUAAUGAAGUCAAGAACUUGGCCAGAUUCAUCUCAGUCAUGAAGUUCAGACCCUUGGUCUGGAGAACUACGCAUCCCUAUCUGUUAGCUGAUAGAGUUGAAGAUCUAACUUCACCUGAGACUAUAAGACAGAAUCCGAAAGUGGACAGAACGAUCAGUUUGUAUGGGUAUGUCAGAGGGGUUCCAUUGAACAAGGAGUCCUCCAUUCAUAUCCCUGGCUGUGGAGAUUUGAGGAUAAAAGAUGUGAGCUUUCUUCCUGAUCCUUGCCCACUACCUGAGCACAUUAAGAAACGAGCCUUGGUGGAGAAGGAAAGGCUCAUUUAUGCCCCUUUCUCUGGGGUUGGGGGCAUUGUUUAUGAUAAGGAUGCUGUUUAUGUGGAGCUGGGAGGGAGUCAUUCUUACAAAGAGGAGGAUACAGGGCUUAUUUCGUCGUUGAUGGACGCUCAGGGGACUCUGGAUGAGAAAUUGGAGAAGAGUGAGCUGCAGUUGUUCAGUGGAGCUGGUUUUAUCAAGUCUGGGGAAGUUGAGGAAGAGGUGAGCUCGGGAUAUGGACAGGUGAAUGUUGUUGACGGUGGGAGGAUUAGACGGAAAGUUAUUUUCGGUGAUUCUGAAGAUGGAGACGAAAUUGAGGAGGAAAUUGACGACGAAAAUGAUGAAGAUGAUGGAGAAUAUGAAGAGUCCGAAAAUAGUCAAGAACAAAUCACCGGGGAUGGUGAAUCUGUUGGCAAGAGAAAAAUUACUGCUCACACAGUCGAAAAUUUACCCAAAAAGCAGAAGAUUGAUGAGCAAGAUGAGUUGGAAUUGGAGUUGACUUCGUUAAGAGCUCAAACUGCGUCAGCAGAAUCGAAAUCACUCCAUGAAACGCCAGUAGUUCACCAACCCCUGAGUAAAAAUCCAACGUGUGAAGUUAAGGAUAAAAUAGCCAAGGCUCUCACCAAAUUUUCAUCCAUAUCAGAACAACUAAAAUCGAAGAGAGACUCUGGAAGUGAGUCAGAUGAUGACGAGAGUUUUGAUGAACUAUCAGACAACGAUAUUGACAGACAAUUAGACUUAGAUGACCCUGAGAGCGCAGUAGACUCGAAAUCUGAAGAGGAAACUGACGAUGAUGAAGAUGAGAAAGAUUCAGGGGAUGAAAUUCCCCAAUGGAAGACAGACCUGGCGAAAAAGGCCCGAGAAUCUUUUUUGAAUCGUCAACAGUCCAAUGUGAAUCUCAUGAAGCUCGUCUACGGGGUUUCAGAUUCGAGAAAAAAUCAGGAAAGCCAGGAGGAUGAAGACAAUGACAACGAGAAUCUUGGAGGGAUUUUCAAAGUCGUUUCCGAAAAACAAAAGCAAAAACUUGAAGAAAGAGAACUCAAGAAUCAAGAAGAAACAGUGUAUUAUUCGAGGGAACAACCUAGGGACUGGAUAUCAGAGGAGAACAAGCUCUGCUUGAUAAAUCGAUUUGUAACAGGCAAAUGGAAGGAAUCAGAAGACGCUGAAGAGCUCCUCAAACUCGACGACCUGGAGGAAGACGAAGAAGAAGAAGUCUUUGGAGAUUUUGAGGAUCUAGAGACUGGGGAGAAGGUGGAAGCGAAGGCUGCACCCAAGCCCCCUAAAGAGCUGGCCCCUGACGAAGCUGAGGAGAAAAAGAAACUCCUCGAGAAAAAGAGAAAGCUGAAACAGCAAUUUGACUCUGAAUAUGACAACACAGAGGCGAAGAGUUACUACGACGACUUGAAGCAGGAGGUGGAGAAGCAAGCGCAGUUGAAUAAAUCUGAGUUUGAGGGGCUUGAUGACGACCUCAGGGUCCAACUCGAAGGUUUCAGACCUGGGAUGUACGUUAGAGUUGAAUUAGAAUCGGUCCCUUGCGAGUUGAUUACGAAUCUAGAUCCGACGUAUCCUCUGAUCGUCGGAGGUCUUCUCCAUGGAGAGGAGAACAUUGGCUACGUCCAAGGGAGACUGAAGAAACACAGGUGGUACUCCAAGAUUCUCAAGACGAGGGAUCCACUGAUUCUCUCUGUUGGAUGGAGAAGAUUCCAGACAAUUCCCAUUUAUUCUAAACUAGAGGAUAACUUGAGGAAUAGGAUGAUCAAGUACACGCCUGAACAUGUCGCCUGCAUGGCGCACUUUUGGGGACCUAUCACCCCCCAGGGGACUGGGUUCCUCGCCGUCCAGGAUGUCGCAACGAGAAUUCCCGGCUUCAGAAUUGCAGCUACGGGAACAAUUCUCGAGUUGGAUAAGAGCACGAGAAUCGUUAAGAAACUGAAGCUAACAGGGGUGCCUCUGAAGGUGUAUAAAAAAACUGCUUUCAUCAAGGAUAUGUUUAAUUCUACACUGGAAGUGGCCAAGUUCGAAGGGGCGAGGAUCAAGACUGUGUCCGGGAUCAGAGGAAUGAUUAAAAAAGCUAUUAGUAAACCCGAGGGAUGCUUCAGAGCGACGUUUGAGGAUAAAAUUCAACUCAGUGAUAUCGUGUUCUGUAGAACUUGGUAUAAAAUUGACGUUCCAAAGUUUUACAAUCCUGUGAAUUCGCUGCUGUUGCCGAUGGAGCAGAAGAACCAGUGGAAGGGAAUGAAGACCACUGGGCAGUUGAAGCGGGAGGGAAAUGUGAGGGCGGUGCCUAACAAGGAUUCGCUGUACACGAAGAUUGAAAGGCAGCCGAAGGUGUUCAAGCCCCUGAUUAUUCCCAGAAAUCUCCAGAAGGAACUGCCUUACAGGGAUAAACCCAAAUUAGCGCCACUCGAGGAGAAUAGAAUACAAAAAUUCGAGGACAAGAGAGUUGCUGUUGUUAGGGAUGUCAAGGAGGAGAAUGUUGCCAAACUCAUGAAGAUGAUCAGGACUAAUUAUGCGAAUAAGCAGGAGAAGCUCAAGGAGGCUACCAAGGCGAGAAUGACCGCCUAUCAGAAAAGAGUGGAGGUCGAGGAGAUCAGGAAGCUUAAGAGGCAGAGGGAGCUCAAAAAGCAGGUAUUCAGAACUUUGAGUAAGAUGGAGAUUAAGGAAAAGAAGAAAGAGGGGGGAAGACGGUAAUCACUGUACAUUUUUUAAAUAUAUGUUAUUAAACAUA